AUGUCUCAAGUUGAAAUCAGUGAACAAAAUGUUCAACAAUCAAUAUUUCACUCAUUAACGAGUGAAUCUGGACUGCAGCUUGGCACGCAAGGACAAUUAAACAAGUUGGUGGUUGAACCUUCGAUAUUCCUAUACGGAAUUACCCAAAAAUUGAAGAAUCACCCACAAUAUUCCGAUUCGUUGAUUGAACAGUUUCUUGAGUCAUUACAAGACCAUAUCGAGGACAAUGCACAAUUUCAGGCGUGCUUACAACCUUCAAUUAUCAAUGGAAGCGCGAAACUUGUUACAACAAACAACAGUAUCAUCCAAGCGCUGUUAUCGAUCGAUUUUCUGCAACCGAGACUUAUUGAUAUUCUACUGGAAAAACUUCCGGGGUUUAUAAUAGAUUCAGACAAUGAGACUGUUUGUUCACCUAUUCCACGAUUGAUUAUACAUCAACUGAAAUGGCUUGGAUACAUUGUUGAACCUGAUCGUUUGUCAUCUAAAAUAUUAGAGAUUAUCUCAAUAACACCUAUAAGUAUACAACGAGAAAUCAUAACAAAUUUGCCUGAAAUAGUUGAUGAUGAUUCGCAGCAUAAAGUAAUCAUUGAUGAACUCAAGACUUUGAUGGAAGAAAAUUAUCAAUUAACAGUGCCUAUCCUUGACGCGCUCUCGAAUUUCAUAAUGCAUGGAAACUCAAUCAAUGAAUUACGCAAUGUUAUAAUUGAACGAUUAGAAUCUGCCGACUUGGCCGAUUUACCCAUUGUUUUAAAAUUUCUAUUGCAAUUUGUUACUCCCGAUGACGUUGAAGACGUUAUCCAAAGUAUUCGUAAAAAACUUGAUUUCCGAUCAAUCGCAAAACUUCAAGAGAUGAACAAACAGAGCAAAAGUUUUGGAAAAUCUAAGAAAGAGAAUAUGCCAGAGACCUUAAUCUUUGAGUCAAUCAAAACUGGAAUACAAUUUCACAAGUUUGUCAAAGAUGCCUGGUUGAAAAUAAUUACUGAAUUGAAUUCGCCGUCGGAACAUGAAAUUCUCGAUAUCUUAGUAUUAUUUAUUGUACAUUCGUUUCGCUCAAUGAAGAAAAAAGUGGAACCCAUAUUUCGCAAAAAAAUCAGUAGUGGAUUAAUAACUCAACAAAUUCUAGAAGAAACUAUCACAUGUCACUCGGAAGGACUAUUUGAAUACUUCAAAUCAAUUUUAUCUCUUUCCGAGGCCCUCCUUCGCUCAACUCAACAACACUCACAAAUAUCACGUGCCGCAUCUGUCAUUUACAAAAGUUGCUUUAAAGUAUUCGAGUUAGAGCAUCAACAAGAGAUUGUAUGGUCUUUAGUUACACAUAUUGGGAGUGGAUUGCCGGCAGAAGUAGAUUCUGCGCUUGCGGUCUUACUUGCAUUGGUUAAAGAAGAUUCCAAGAAAUUAUAUUACUUUGCGGUUUAUUUUAAGGGAAUCUUGGAUUUUCUGGAUAAUUUGAGUUUUGAUCAAAUACGCGUAUUAUUUGAGAUUAUCAGCAUAUUGGCAAUUGAGGAGGUCAUAGAAGAUACUACUUCUGGAACAGCUAGUGGGGGUGGUUUACUCGCUGAAUUCUCCAUUGUGAUUCAAAAACGAUUAGCGUGUCCUUCUGAGAAAGAUAAACAAAUAGGUGUUAUUGGCGCGUUGACCUUGGUGCGAACAAUGGGUUCAAAAGAAGAAUGUCAAAAAUUUAAUCCUUCAUCAGCUUCAAGCUCGGAUGAAAUUAGAAUACAUCCAUUAUUAAAUUCUGCAUUGGAAAAUCUUCAGAAACUUAUAAGUAAUAUCGUUGAAUCGAAAAGAUGCUAUUCGUUAAUUUAUGACGAAUUGGCGUAUUUGAUCUCAAAUAGCUGGCUUGAUAGUAGAAUUGAAACUUGGAUCAAAGACAAAAUGGCUUCAAAAUUCACAGAUAUCUACGUGAUUGAUUUCGACGAAAUCAACGAUCUACAUAAGAAAAAAAGUUACUUGCAAAAUUUACCAAUUGAAAUAUGGAUGUAUGAUAAAGAUGGCGUCUUUACAGAAAGUACACCUAUUGAGAUGUGGGUGGAGUCGGAAAAAACGACGAAAGAAUCUGUCUUGAUCAACAUCUACCCUAUGCUCUGUGCACCACACAUUAACGCUUGUCGACAGCUGGUGGCCGAUCGGAGCGAAUGGAUAAUGUGUAUUAGUUCCAUGUUCAAACUGAUGCAAGCAUGCGAGAAAGCAGAUAAGAAUUCAUUGGAUGAGAUCGAUGCUUUAUUAGGCUCAGGAAUCGUAAUGUACAAGAAAGAUGAAGAUGUUGCAAAUGUAAUUUGUAAUUCGUUAUUCAUUGCUAUCAAUUGGUUUCGAGAAAUAAUCAAUUCAUUCUCUGAGGAUCAUUCUGAUAUAGAUUUUCACAAAACAGUAAUAGCGAGGCUACAGCAUGUUGAAAAAUUGGAGAAAAAGCUUGAGGAGGAGUUAGCCAAUUCUUCCAUAUUUCAUCCUAUCGGGUAUAGUUCUUCAACAAGGAAAAUCGGGGUGGAACGUAGAAAUAUUGUCAUUGAAAGAAAUAAACCGGCGGCGCAGGCAAGCGAUAACACCAAACAACAAAAUAAAACAAGAAGACGUCCAGCCGUACUUGGGAAAAGAAAGGCUCUAAGUUCAAGGCAAAACCAGCAUGCAGACGAAGGAGAAAAAAUCAAAUCUUCAGGAGACUCGACAUCUAAAACAACUCUAGCAGACUUGCGACCUUUUAUGAGAGAAUUCGAAUGGCAUGUCUUUUAUCUGUUCAAAUAUGCGGAUUUCAUAAAUGACCCAGGAAAUAUGAAUCUCGAUGACGACAAUCAAAAAAACAACUGUUCGCAAAUUCCAAAACUCGGUGUAUCUCAGAUGAUUUAUCUAUUAAAAGAUCUUGAUAGGAAACUCGAAUACAAACUAUCAUCUUCCACCACAAGCAAUCUCCCAUUUUUCGCGAAAAAAUCGAAAAAAUUCGAUAUCGAUCCUGGGCUCAGUUUGAUUUCACGACAAAGUGAAUCAGAAGUAAUUGAGCACGUAAUAAAAACAUUGCCUUUAAUAUUAAAGCAAUUCGAGGCAAUAAAUGAAGGGGAUAUGGUUAUGGAUGAGCAGAAAGAAAUCGAUGAAAUUAAUCAAUGUAUGGAAUUAAUUUUGGAGAUAAUUUAUCGGGUGUUUUCUUGGCCUGAUUUGACGAGCCCAGACAAGGAAGAGACUGCGAUUAGGCUGCUAUCACAUUUUCACCUUUAUAAAACGGAUAAUAACAAUAGCAACGAUACUUUUCAACCUCAAUCAAUCCAGCAAGCUGCGAAUAAAGCAUUUACAUAUUUCGAAAUAUUUGCCGAUAGUCUAUCUACUGGCAAACUUGCAAUCUAUUAUCACAAGAUACUUUGCAAGAUCACAGAAAUGGCAUCUGACCCCAAAGAAUUCAUAACAACUAUCAGCAUGUUAGCCAAAAAAUUUGCCUCCCGUGAAUGGAAGGACGCAAAGCAACUAAACUCUUCGUCAAUAACCUAUCUGAUACAGAACGAUAUCCAACAUGCCGAUGAUAAUUUGGAAAGAAUAGAUUAUUAUGUUUCAAGGAUUUUUCCCGCUCUGGAAGCUGGCGACGAAGAGAUCUUGAGGGAAAUGCCGUUACUCAACACGACAAAUUUUCCCGAUUUUUAUAAAGUCGUCUCGAUGGAGCUGGUAGACUUGAUGAACGAUAAGUCACGGGGUUUUGAAUCGAUCGAAAUGAAACUUGAAUAUUUGGCAAAGAUUGCGAGAUGUUGGAGACAAUUGAUAAUAGUGAUAAAGUAUAACCAAAAGCGUGCCAUUCUGGCUGUCGCAUUGAAGUAUGGCAGAAAUUUUGUCGAUUUAUUUUUAAAGAACGCUAUACCAUUUAUGGAUCUACACCUUAAAGGACAUCGUGAAGAAAUUCAAAUAAUAUUCAAAUAUUUCCAAGUAGCUACACGACAUUUGCAAGCUCUCUGUAUUCACGUAAAAGUCGUCAAAGAAGUAAGGCUAUCAAAUAUGGUGCCUCUAGUUAAGAAAUCCUUAGAGAGCGUAAUUUUCCGUGUGAAGGGGAUCCUGCAGCACAAUGAUUUUGCUGCGGAAUCCUUUUUCCUGGGAAACCUAAAACAACGAGAUUUGGAGGGGCAUGAAGUCAACACGGAUAGACUUGUUGAACCUGAAUCAGAUAAAUCGGAGUCGGAAUUGGAUGAGCAAUAUAUCGCCGAAAUAGAAGAUGAAAUAAAGAGAGAGGAAAAUUCCGAUGCAGAAAGUUCUUCCGUUAAUCAACAUUCAAGAUCAAAGUCUACAGCAUCUUCUAGUUCAAAAAAUACAACACGAAGAUCUUCCACAGCGGAAUCGGUACAAAAUUCGGACGAUGAAGUGAAAUCAAAUGAUGAUGACCACGGCGAAAGUGAUGAAAAUUCAGAUAUUUCAGAUUCUGCUAAUGAUAAUGAGGCUAAUGAAAUCCCACAGAAGCGUCGGAAAUCUCCUGUUUAUGCAAAGAGACCACGAAAAGAUAGUAACAAACAAUCAACAAAAAGGAAAAGGAAAUCCUAA